AUGGACCGCGUCCUUGACCGGGCGUCGCGGCGCUCAGCGGUAAACAAAUUGAAUGAAUCGCGUACGCUCACAUGUUGUACACCAUUCAUGUGUGCGCCGUUAACGCACGAUAAUUCAAUUAGUGGUAACACCGAGCCGUGUGUCGAACGGAAACUGGCGUCACGGCUCGAGGCGCCCCUCAAGACGUGCGCGGCGCGGGCGCACGGUUCCACCUCAUUUGCAGCCAUUUCCCUCUCUUUACUAAGCCCUAAGCGUGUUACC